CCUCUGAUCGAAAUUCCAGAGAGCAUCCUUAACGUACAAUGGAUGCGAACCUUAUUGAAGGAUCCACAUUACAGGGGCCCAGUGCUGAAGAGAUAAGGUCACUAUCUCGACGAAUGGGCUUUGUUAUUAAAGACGAGGAGAUAUCCGUUUAUUUAGAGGCGAUGACCAGCACUCUCCGUCAUACUUACCAGCGGUUAUGCGACUUACCAGAGUCUAGACUCCCUGUGAAAUAUCCGCGGGAAGCCGGUUACAAGCCAGGGCCAGCUGAAAACCCUUACAAUGCGUGGUCCUGGCGUUGUGACGUAAUAGGCGCUCAAAGCGGUAAACUCCAAGGAAAAACCAUUGCUAUCAAAGAUAACAUCCCAGUGGCUGGACUGCCAAUGACUAGUGGAUCCCGGAUGUUAGAACAUUAUGUCCCGGAUCAUGAUGCCACUGUGGUGACUCGGAUAUUAGAUGCUGGAGGCAGAAUCACAGGGAAAGCCGUAUGUGAGGAGUGGUGUUUUACUGCCACUAGCUGCACCGCAUUCACGGGUCCUGUUGUCAACCCUCACAAUGAAACGAGAAUGGCUCUCGGGUCUUCAUCCGGCUCAGCAGCACUGGUGGCGGGGGGAUACACGGACAUGGCCAUGGGCGGUGAUCAAGGGGGGUCCAUUAGGAUCCCCUCUGCUGCUUGUGGAAUUGUGGGAUUGAAGCCAACAUACGGCCUAGUACCUUAUACAGGAAUGGUACCUAUAAAUCUCUUACUGGAUCAUACGGGACCUAUGGCAAGGACCGUCUCGGAUGUAGCUUUGCUCUUAGAGGUGAUAGCAGGAUUGGAUGGAGACCUGGAUCCAAGACAACCACGUGACCUUGGUAAACCAAAUUCCUACAUCAAUGAGCUCAAUGGAGAUAUUUCCACCUUACGGAUCGGCGUUCUUCAAGAAGGUUUUGAGAUGCCAGGAGCUGACACGGAAAUUAUGUACUUUGUGAGGGAGGCCGCUAGCCGGUUUUCAACUUUGGGGGCUACUGUUGAAAACAUUUCAGUGCCAAUGCAUUUUGAUGGAAUUCUUAUAUGCGACGCAAUUUGCUCAGAAGGCGGUUACAGACUACUCAGUGGAUAUAAUUCCGACGCAAGAGGAUUUGUUGACACGAGUCUUCAGAAGGCCAUUGGUCGUGGUUUACAAUCUCAUGCCAAUGAUCUGAGUGCUGCCGGAAAGUUAACAGUCAUGCUUGGUGCUUAUGUGCAUGAAAAAUUCCGAGGAGUAUUUCACGGCAAGGCUAUAAAUUUAUCACGAAAGUUGUGCGAGGAAUAUGAUAAAGCUUUGGAAUCUUACGAUGUUCUGGUUUUACCAACGAUAGUUACAAAGCCUCCCAAAGUUCAAGACAGAAGCCAACUUAAUUUUGGAACGGCGUUUGACUUCUGUCAGAAUACUGGUCCUUUCAAUGUCACAGGACACCCAGCCCUGUCAAUUAACGCCGGCUUCAGUGAUGGUUUACCAGUUGGUAUGAUGAUUGUGGGAAGAAAGUUUGACGAAGCCACUGUUCUGAAUGUUGCUUAUGCUUACGAGAAGAUGCGAGACUCUAAAUCAAUUUAAGAACUUAAAUUUUUUUGACGAGAAGAUAAGUAACAUAUACUGCUUUAAUUAGUAGCGAGAGACAGAAAUUAUGGUUAGCUAAACGAAAAUAAAUUUUCUUAACUCAUCCAUAGUACUUGUCUUUAAAGUUCCCUCGGGACAAUCAUUUAAAACGGAUCAAAACUGAAAAAAGUGGUCACUUUUGGAGAAAGUUUAGCUCAAUGAGAAUUCUUUGUCUAAAAUAGUAGUCAGUUACGCUUGAGAGAAGUAGAUUCCAAUGGUUCAGUGCUUAGCAGAGGUAAAUUUUUAUUUUAGAGGGGAAGAAGGCGAGACGUAUUUUAACUAAAAAUCUAAAAUAUAUCUUCAAUCAUUAUUCAUCACUUGGAUGGUUUAUUUGGACCCAACAUAAUGACCAGCUCCCAGUUGGCUUGUUAGCUCUGUUGGUAGAGCGCUGCACAAGUACCGCAGAGAAUAUGGAUUCAAAAUCCCGGACGGGCCUGAAUUUUUUUCAAGUCUGAUUUCAACUACUAGUUCAGUAGUGUUCAUAGCUGCGAAGAUCUCCUAUAUUCAUCUGAAAAGGCUAGUUGAACAGUCAUGUGGUUGUUCGAUUCGUACCUACGGACGUAGUCGAUUCGUACACAGCUAGGAUAAUCCAUACCCAGUCAGUUUAGCCGUUUCGUAUCCAUACUAAUAAAAUACGUUUUCCAUAUUAAGUAUGUUUCAAGUAUGAUCAGUUUCUAAGGUCAAUUAACAUUAUAAUCUGCGUUCAAUGUAAAGUUUAUGUGGCGUCCAUUUUUGUUCGCGACUACUGAAUGUAAGGCCUGGAACCGAAAUUGUGGGGUCUGGUCUCGUUAGAGUUGGGAAGGUCAUAAGUAUAAACCAACAGACCUUUACUGAUAUCUGUUCAAAUGCUUAGACGUAAGCUAUUUCGUGAGUUAUCCUGGGUUUUGAUCGUCACUACGGUCCACGGACAUGAAAAGACGGGAUGCCAUUGGUUUCCUCCACGGAAAAGUAUGAAAGUCGCUGCUUUGAAAAUAUCAAACUUUGACGAUGUAUGGGGUGCUACACAGCCAUCUUUUUCGGAGGCAUAACCGUUGCUAACGGUACUAACUUACUGUAAGUAACUGAGUUAGUUUUAAUAGUGACAGAAAUGAUAGCAGCCCGCUUUACAUAAGGUCAGCGUGAACUUUGCGGACUCAAGAAGUCAGCAUGAAAAUGAUGUUGGGGCCUCGUUGACAAUCAGAACAAAGGCGAUGCAUAAUUAAAAAAAAAACAAUCUCAGGGAAUUAUAAAGGUCCCUAACCUUGAUUGAAGGCGUUUUCUUAGUCGUCAAAUGUCUGGGUAACAAUUAGUUAAUGAUAUAAUUGUAAAAAAGCAUUAAAUCUACGUAUCGAAUGAAAUCUAUGCAUCAAUACUAUAUCUCAUUUCUCAAAUUUUGUUAUCUCAGUAAAUGAAGAGAAUUAAUAUCAGUUUUAACAAAGAAGAUUUAUUAGCAAGCGAUAACGAAAGAAAGUCGAGAACGCACUCUGGACUUCAGAGCUUAGAUUCCUUUCAAUAAAUUUUUCUAUUCUCUUUUUGCGUCUAAAGUGACCUUUUUUUCCCAGUAAAAGAGGAUAAAAUGCAUUCAAAGUUGACAAUCAGUAAAGAUUACGCAUCCAUAUUGUUAUUGUGCAGAGUAAAAUAUAUUGCCGUAUUAAAAUCAUCAAGCACGUUCAUAUUAA